AUGGCUCCUCUGGGCGAAACGAUCGCUGUGAUUGACAAGUCCGGUAAGGUGGUGAGCACGAGCAAGCACCUGUUCGGCGUGUUCAGUCAAGCCAAGAAUGCCUAUCGCGAGCGCAAAGCUCAAUUUCAGUCUGAACGGAACGCCAAGAUUGCCGAGAAGGAGGCACUGAGGGCUCUUGAGAACUACCAUAUCGAUGAUGCGCCUUCAGUCGCAUCCUCUCGAAGGAGCCGUUCCCGACACCAUUCAGGCCGCAGCCACUACGCUCGUGAACCUUCGGUCUAUGAAGAAAAUGUGCAAUGGCAGGACCCUUAUGCCGAUCCUUAUGGUGUUCGACCAGGGGAAAUGGUCCGCCGUCAUACCCAUGACGUCGCCAUGCGUGGUCCAGAGCGACCAACCACCAGCCGCUCCAAGUCCGAUGCUCAUGUCGACAUGGACCUAGCAUACGGCGACUUCCACCCUUCGGCCCUAGAGACAGUACCACCACCUCCCGAACCACAAAACCAGCUCCAAAGAAUUGAGAAUCCGGAACUAAAUACUCUUGUGGAUCGGGCGCAGUGGCUCCUAGAGGAAGCUGACUGCAUGCAACAUACUGCGACCGCCACUAUUGCACAUCUUCAGAAGAAUCCAGAUGCCAUGGCUGCUGUAGCUCUCACCUUGGCCGAGAUCAGCAACAUAGCCACAAAGAUGGCCCCAUCUGCGCUUUCAACCCUCAAGGCUGCGGCCCCAACAGUCUUCGCCCUGCUUGCAAGCCCACAAUUCUUGAUCGCAGCGGGUGUUGGUAUCGGAGUCACGAUUGUCAUGUUUGGUGGCUACAAGAUUGUCAAGCAGAUCCAGAACGCCACCACCGCUACUCCCAGCAGCCCUAUGAGGGCAGCGGCAGCUCCCGAGGAAGAUCCUGGCAUGGAUGACAUGAUGGAGUUUAACACCGAAUGUCUAAGCACUGUCGAAAUGUGGCGGCGCGGCGUAGCGGACGCCGAGGCCGACAGCGUUGGCACGUCCGUCGAUGGAGAGUUCAUCACACCUAAAGCAGCAGCAAUGUCAGGCAUUGAUGUGACUACGGCACGAAUGUCGCGGGACCCGCGAUUCAAGUUCGACGACGAUGAUCAGUCGAUGGCAUCAUCUCGCAGAUC